AUGAACGGCUACGGGUCCCCUUACCUGUACAUGGGGGCUCCGGUGUCUCAGACCCGGGCCCCGCUGCAGAGGACCCCUAAGUGCGCGCGGUGCCGCAACCACGGCGUGCUGUCGUGGCUCAAAGGACACAAGCGCUACUGCCGCUUCAAGGACUGCACCUGCGAGAAGUGCAUCCUCAUCAUCGAGCGGCAGCGCGUCAUGGCGGCGCAGGUGGCGCUGCGCAGGCAGCAGGCCAACGAGAGUCUGGAGAGCCUCAUCCCGGAGUCGCUCAGGGUGCUGCCGGGCAUCGGCGUGGCAGCCGCCGGGGAGGGGAACCAGGGCGCCCCGCAGAGGGCGGAGGAGCUGAGGUGGAGCGGCGCGGAGCCGGCGCAGACACGCACAGGUGGGCACAGGUUCCCGGCCGAUGACGGCGCCGAGGAGGCCUCUGACAACGGGGGCAGCUCCAGCGAGAAGGAGCAGGACCCGGGCAGCUCCCCCGAGGGCUCCAAGCCGAACUCCUGCUACACCCCGGAGCUCCCGGAGACCCCCACCCAGGCGGAGGAGAGCCGCUACGGCCUCCCCGGGGCCGGCAGCGCGGAGAAGGAAGCCAAAGCCGAGAGUCCGCCCAAGUUCCCCGGCGGCCCCGCGGACCCGGGCGUGCUGAUCGAAGGCCUCUCCGGCUCCAUCAACCUGCCCUUCAGCCUGCGGGCCAACCGGCCGCCGCUGGAGGUCCUCAAGAAGAUCUUCCCCGCCCACAAGCCCCCGGUCCUGGAGCUCAUCCUCAGGGGCUGCGGGGGGGAUCUGGUGGGGGCCAUCGAGGUGCUGCUGUCCAGCCGGAGCCCCGAGCGGAGCGCCGCGCACGCGGGGCACGCGGACCCGCACCCGGACGGCCUGUUGAUGCCCGCCAACGGACACCUGUUCGAGCACACGCUGGGCUCCUACCACCCGGUGUCCACCUCCGCCAAGUGGUCGGUGGGCUCCGCUUUCCGGGUGCCCGAGUCCCUGCGGUUCUCGGCGGACUCUGGCGCGGUGUCCGGCGGCCCGCUGGCCGUCCCCCUGCAGCACCCGUCCUUCCCGCAGCCCGCGCGCUACCCGCUCAUGCUGCGCAACUCGCUGACGCGCGGCCCCGCCGGGCCCUUCGUGCACAACGACGUGACUCUGUGGAAUACCAUGGCGCUGCAGCAGCAGUACCAGCUGCGCUCCGCGGCCCAGUACGUGUCGCCGUUCUCGGCCGCGGGCCCCGCCGGCUCCGUGUUCCGCGGCUCCCCGGUCCUCCCGUCCCGAGCGGCCGAGGAGCGGCUCAUCGGCGCCGCGCAGGAGGAGAGCUGCGCGCCGCCGGGGGCCAAAGCGGGCCUCUACUCCCCCGACGAGGAGUACGAGGAGCGCUCCGACUCCGCGGACUCGCGGACCCUGAACUCGUCCUCGUGA